UCAAAAUUCUCUGAGAGAAGUGAGAAGUGAGAAGCACAGAAAUGUUGUUCUGCUACGAUUCACAGAAACAACCAGACCUUGAAGAAGAAGAAGAAGCGAAUAGAGAAGAAUUAGCACAAGUAUGCUGUGAAGGUCACCGAUCCACACUGAAUCUCCAAAGCCAACAAGGCGAAGGAGGAGGAUCUAUUUGUCUCCUCUGCUUCUCCAACCUCAUCUCCAACCCUCUCUCUCCUACUCUCCACGUUUCCUACGCUCUCUCUCAAAUCUCUCAAUUUCUCAUCUCCUCCUCCCAUUCUCACUUCCUCGUCUCUCCUCUCCUCAAAGCUCUAUCUUCCUUCGACGAUCAACCCAUAGCCAAUCAGCUCAUAAAUCUCAUCCUCAAACUCUCAUCCGAAUCUGAAUCCUUCUCUGCUCAUUUCGUUGCUACACUUUCCCACCACCUCGCUUCCCGCGCGUUAGCCUGGACUCGACCCCAACUGUUUACGCUUCACUGCUUAGGGGUUCUUUUGAACUGUGAGACGAAUAAUCUGUACGCCCACAUCAAAGAUAAAUAUGGCCUUGUUUCCAAUCUUGUUGCAGGUCUUCAAUUGCCAAGUGAGGAGAUCCGGGGGGAAAUCCUGUUUGCUCUGUACAAAGUUUCUAUCUUCCAAUAUGCAUCAGAAGAUGGUGAUGGAACUGAUGUUUUAUUAGCCUUUUGUCCUAAGCUCUUGCACCUGGUGGUGGAUGCCCUCAUCAAGACCCAAGUUGAUGACGUCCGAUUGAAUUGUCUAGCACUUUUGACGGUUUUCGCUCAGAGAGGGUUUUUCGCUAAGGUGAAUGCAAAUGAGGCAAGCAGCAUUAUUCUAUAUGAAGCAGAUAACUUCAUGCAAGGACCAGAAGAUGGAAAAGAUGGGCCUCGUUUGAAUAUCAUUUUUGCUGAGGCCAUCAAAGGUCCAUUGCUUUCGUCAGACAGACAAGUCCAACAGAGCACACUAUAUUUACUGUUUCAUUAUUUGUCUUGCGAAGGUGCUUCAAGACAGCAGACCCAAGUCCUGGUGGAAGAAAAUAUUGCAGAUUAUGUGUUUGAAAUACUUAGAUUGUCAGAAUAUAAGGAUCCAGUUGUCAGCUCUUGCAUUCAGGUACUUGAUCUCUUGUCAACAGCAGAGCAAGCUUUCAAACAAAGGCUGCUUGUUGGGUUUGCAACUCUGAUUCCAGUAGUACAUUAUGUAGCUGAAGUUCCUCUUCAUCCUGUUCAAAGUCAGACUCUAAAGCUCAUAUGGAACUAUGUUUCUGAUUGCCUGGGGAUGUUAUCCACUUCUCAAAUAGAAGAGUUAGUUCUUGCUUUAACAGGGAUGCUUAAAAAGCAUACCGAGGGGAGGAUGGGCAUGCUUCCUGAGACAUUUAUACUGAUCUGCUCAGUCUUUGUAGCUCUAAUGAAGUUUUCUUCUUCCCAUGGGACUCCAAAUCUGGCAAGACCAGUGCAAGAAGCAUCUAAACAUGCUGUUUUAGCCUGUCUAGACAUCUCUGAAAAACAUCCUGGACAACUUUUGCAUUCCUUAUACCUACUUAAAGAGGCGUAUCUGUAUGGUCAUGAAGAAAGCUUUGCCGAGUCCUGUAACAUGGAAAUACGAAAUUCUGUGGUGGACGUAUGCACAACACAUUUAUUACCUUGGGUUGUAACAGCCAUCAAUGAAAUGGAGGAGGAGGUCGUCCUUGGGGUGCUGGAAACUUUUCAUUCAUUACUGCUUCAGGAUUCUGAUAUCCAAGCAAUGGAGCUUGCAAAGACCCUGGUUUCAACAUCUUGGUUCAGUUUCUCAUUUGGAUGUCUAGGCUUAUAUCCCACGGAAAAAAUGAAAUGCAGAGUAUUUCUGAUGCUCAGCUCACUUGUGGACGUUCUUCUGGGAAAUGAUUCUGGGCAACCCAUUAGAGAUGCUGCCUUAUAUCUUCCAUCCGAUCCUGUAGAUAUGUUAUUUUUACUUGGGCAAAAGAGCUCUCAUAAUUUGGAAUUGUCUUCUUGUCAGUCUGCCAUUUUGGUGAUAUUAUAUACCAGUUCUUUACAUGAUGAAAGACUUGCAGAUGAGAAAUCGGUUUUAGCUUCACUAGAGCAGUAUCUUCUAGUUAAUAGUAGUGAUUUACAAUCUGGGGCUACCAAUUCACUGGCACUGAUGCGAGUGGUUAAUCUUUAUUGUCUUUUUCGGGGUCUUGCCAGCAUGUCCUCCCAAAUUCCAUACAGUUUGAAAGCUGAGAGGAUCCUAUUCCAGCUAUUGACUGAAAAUGAAUGGGAUUUGCCUUGUGCAAUAGUUCACUCAGUGUCUUUAAAAUGGUUGUUUCAACAAGAGAAAAUAAGCAAGCAAUUGUCUUAUCAGGUUCUGCAAUUCUGCAGGAGCAAUAUCUCAAAUGGGACUGACAUCAUCGUCCAUGGAAGAAAUGAUCGAGUUCUAAAUGCACAAGCAUUUGCAGAGCUAGUAGCAUCAGGAGAUAACUAUGGAGCAACAAUUUUGGUUUGCUUGUUGAUACAGCUUGCCAAGGAUGAAGGCCAAGAGCACGACAUAAUUUCAGUGGCUAAUCUCAUGCAGAUUAUUAUUAACAUCUUUCCAGCUGCUUCAGACCAAUUAUGUUUGCAUGGCAUAGGGAAGGCAAUCUACACUCUUUAUUAUGAUUCAAGCUAUGCAUCUUCCCCAGCAAUAUUAAUGGCCACCUCAGUUCUGAGUUUUAACAUUUUAAGUUUGGUGCAGCCUGAAAUUCUUUCUGAUGAUGAAUAUUGGCUUGCAGUGACCAUGAAGUUAAUGGACUACUUUAACCUCUCAGAGGUAGCAGAUAGGUGGAAUCAUCAAAGUCUCUUAGUAAUUGGAAUAUUUUCCCUGAUUUUGUACCACUCCACCAAUGGGAUACUUGUAGAAACUGCAAAAACUAUUAUGUAUAAUACUUCUCUGGUCUCUGCAAUCAACUGUGCUGCCAGCUUCAUAGGGCCUGCAUUGGUUGAUCAUGAUGAGGGAACAAGCAAAGGAGAAAUUUUGAUAUUUUUGCUUUUACUAAAUUACUUCUCUUUAAGAAGUUUGCCUGUUGUUCUACCAGGGUUUAUGGACUGGCAAAAGUUCUUUGAUCCACCAAAUGGGACACAGCCACUGUCAUUCAUUGGCAUCCGUUGCCAUGACCUAUGCAGACUCAUGCAUUUUGGGUCUCCUCUGGUCAAACUUGUUGCUUCCUACAGCCUGUUGGAGUCGCUUACCAGAUUAUCAGACCAGCGAUAUAAAAUGCAGUUGGAAGUGAAAUGUACCAUGGGGUACCUCAAGUCUGUAAUUGCUGUGUUAGAAGGCUUAAUUUUUUAUAGCGAUCUCAGAGUGGCUUUGAACUGUGGCCUCUGCCUAUCAAUAAUUUUGGGGUGGGAAAAGCUGGACAUGCAGGAGACAACAAUGAUUGAAAAGAUCAGUUGUAGGCUGAUUGUAGAAGAGUUGGCAAUGUCUUUGGCGGCUCCAUGCUUAGCAUCAAAAUCUUUUAUUAAUCAUCACAAGCCUGCAAUUCAUGUGGCUGUGGCAUUGCUAAAACUCCAGAAGAUUCCUGAGUGGAUGAGAUCCAUUUUUGAUGAUACCUGCAUAUCUGGCAUAGUUAAAAACCUUUCAGCUAGUAAUCUAAGCACAGAGAUUGUAUUUUUGUUUCGAGAGCUACUGAAUUCAGGGUUCCUGAAGACUGAACAAAUUGCUGAUCUGCAUCGGGUGCUCCAGGAAUGCAGAAAACAUAAGUAUGCUGACAAUACUCAAGAUGAUCGAGCAGAUAAGCAUAUGAAGAAGAUGGCUACCACCCCACAUGAUUUGGAAGAAGUUUGUGAGUAUCUCAUUCACUUGAUGUCAUCCGAUUCAUCUCUAGAUAUGGAUUCUAGAGGGUUACAUUGCGGGAAUAAGAGACUUUUAGAAGAGAUAGAGUUGUUUUUUAGGACCUUAACAUUGGAGGAUGACGGCUAAUGAAAUCGUAUUAAUCCAUUUUGCUUUUACUUGAAUGAAGAUUUCUCAUUUGAUCUUUGUGGCACUAUAACCUAGGGCACAAAAGGGGUGUAAGGAGCAAGGUGCUAGCCUUUGUGAAGCAAGCCUGCAUCUUAUAGAGUACUAGCCUCAUCACACGUGCUUUGUGCGUGUGAUGCAGUUUUUUUUUUUUUUUUUUUUUUUUUUUUAAUUUAAAUUUUAGAUAAGUUUGUUUUGAAGACAUGAAUUAGUAGGAGUGCCCUAUUUGUAGGCAUUUUAAGUCGUGUUGGAAAUAUAUUUUUACCGAA